GCUCCACGUGCUAUUAGGUGCAUCAUCACAUUGCAUUUCAAGAUCUGCGAUUGUUUGUUCCAGCAACUCCCCUGCUCCGCUGUGUGACUUACCCCAGCCCUCAAGAUGUCAACCUGCAGGGCCCUAUCGAGGGCUCUGCGGCUAAAUCAGCCUGCACGAACUCGCCUUUUCCACUCGAGCGCGGCCAGAAGCGCAGCCACAAGCACAAGAGAAUCACCCCGCGGACCUCUUCAAGAUCCUGAUGCCUGGAAGCUACGUGAAGGCUCGCCGGCCAAAUCCGGCGCCAGAAAGCCUGUACGCGCUAAAGGCCUGUUUAUAAACCAUCCCGAGCGUGAUCAACCCAUCAUCUUCUCCAAGGCAUGGCUACGGGAUGCUUGCCGCUGCCCUCAGUGUGUCGAUCCGCACUCAGGCCAGAAGAACUUCGCCAGCGCCCAGGUCAGCCUCGAUCCAGAGAUUUGCGACGCCGUCAAGACAGACAGUGGAGCUCUGCGUAUUACCUGGGCAAAUGACCACCUCAGCUCCGGGGAGCACGUGUCAGAGUAUCCUGCAGAGGUCGUCCAGAGAUGGAUCGAGGCCCCUUACGAGAACAUUCCUGUCUCCUGGGGAUCGCAGGGGACACCGGAGCUCUGGGAUGCCAAGCUUCUCCGCUCCCGAGAGCCCUUUUACACCUACGACUCUUUUAUGGCCGGCGGCGACGAGUUCCUGACGGCAUGCGACACCCUACGUCUGUACGGCCUCUUCUUCCUCCGAGGUGUGCCAAAGAGUGAGACUGCUGUUGAGGACAUUGCUGCCAAAAUGGGCAUCAUCCAGGAGACCUUCUAUGGCAGAACAUGGGACGUGCGCUCUAAACCCAAAGCCGAAAACGUGGCGUACACGAGCUCGUUCCUCGGCCUGCACCAGGACCUGCUCUAUAUGCGCAACCCGCCCAAGCUACAGUUACUUCACUGCCUGGAAAAUGACACGGAGGGUGGCGAAGCGCUCUUUAGCGAUGGCGGGCGUGCGGCCCAGCAGCUGCGCGUCACCAACCCAUUGUUUGGGGACAAGCUGAGUAAGACGCAUACCGUCUUUCGCUACGACAAGCGCGGCUUCGAAUACGAGAGGGCGCACCCCGCCAUCACGGACAGCCCUCGGUUGAUCAGCUGGUCGCCGCCCUUUCAGCGGCCGGAGCAAGGUUUCAGCAAGACCGCGCGAGGCGCCGGCGAGCACGACCUGUGGUUGAGAGCCACCAAACUUCUGCAGCGCCUGAUCGAGAGCCCCGAGUACGUCUUCGAGUACCGCUACAAGCCUGGCGACUGCGUGAUCUUUGACAACACCCGCCUCCUGCAUGGUCGGAAGCAAUUCGACGCGGCUGGUGGUGCGCGCUGGCUCAAGGGUACAUACGUGGACCAGGACUCGUAUCUCAACACUUUGUAUCAGGCUGCCAAGCUGCGCAAGCCAGAGGAGCCCAAGACGGCACCGGCUGAUGCGACCAAGGCAUAUGCGCUCCAGUGGCAGAAGGAACACAAUCACGAGAAGUAGGGCUGGGACCACUCGCAAAACCACAGCUGCCGUUAGGGUUACCUGUCAGGAAUGAUGGCAAGUGCUAGUGCUGGAUCAUCAGCUCUAAUACCGAUUUGCAGAGAGCGACUCCGCAAUGAAACUCGUGGUGACAAGUCGAAACUCCUUGGAAAGGCGGAGAAACUUACGCGCGCACAUCGUGCGAUUUCACAAUAUGGAUCUUCAGCAUUUACAUGGCGACCAGGAUCAGCAUUUGUCUAGCAUAGCAGCGGUGAUGACCACCAAGCUUAGAAGUAGUACAAACAAAUACAUAGAAAAGAUAUAGAAAAGCACGUAGCAAGAAUCAAGUACAAUGUUUCUUUCUUG